CUCUUCACACGCGCCUUUCCUGGAAACCAUCAAAUCUCAAUUCCACCACCACUCCCACCAUUUUUUCUGCAACAAAAUAAAAAUAAAAUUACUAGUAGAUGAGAAUUUGAAGAAGAAAAAUGGAAGGACCUCCAGAGAAUGAUGUUUGCUCAGUGUGUCAUGAUAAUUUCAAUCUUCCAUGUCAAGCUAAUUGUUCUCACUGGUUUUGUGGUGGUUGUAUUAUGCGGGUUUGGCAACAUGGAGCAACACUUCAGCCAUGCAAGUGUCCCAUAUGUCGCCGUUCAAUAACUUUGAUAAUACCUUCUGAGGCGUCUUCCGGGUACCAAAAUGACCCAGAAGUUGGUGAGGUUCUUGGAAAUGUAGAAAGAUACAACCGCCAAUUUGGUGGGGGACAUCGUAGUCUUGUUCAGCGAUUAAGGGAUUUACCAUUUUUAUUGCGGAGGUUGGCUCGGGAAUUUACAGAUCCUCAAAGAACUCUUCCCCUUGUUUUCAGGGCUCGCAUGAUUUUUGCAAUGAUAUUGAGUGCCAUCUACAUACUAAGCCCCAUUGACAUCAUUCCUGAAGGUAUCGUAGGAGUAGUAGGUCUUUUGGAUGACCUCCUCAUAGGGCUCAUCUUUUUCCUCCACAUUGCUGCCAUAUAUCGAUCAGCUCUUCUUUCUCGCUAUGGAGGUCCUUAGAUUGCCUCCUGAACAUCGGCUUGUGAAGUUUAGAAGAAUACGCACAUACAUAGAUGUUCGUUAGCAUAGAAGCUUGUGCUGUUAUCUGGCUUUUGUAUCUUGUGUUUAAUGAUGUGCAUUUUUUUGUGGAGGAA